UUUUUAUAUUCCAUGUAAAUAGUAGACCCAAUGUUUUUACAAAAACAACGAAAACCCUCAGACAAGUUCGUUAAGUAGAAAUAGUAAAUUAGCAAAGAGUGUUUCAGAAAUGGGCAACAUUCAAGGAAACGAAAAACAAAGUAAGACGGGCAAGUCACCAGCGAAAGGGCGGAAUUUUUUGAAAAACAGAAAAUCACCCGGCAGGGACAGCAAGAAACAUGGAAGGAAAAAGAGCGGCGGCAAGCGAGGGGCCGGCGACACGUUCGAUAAAACGCCCGACUCCGAUAAUAUUGAAGUGGAGGCGUCAGAUAACGACACGCUCGAGUGCGCGUCGAAAACGGGAGGGAGCGCGUUGUCCGCCAGUCAGUCGGAGGUAACGGUGUCCCGGGGCUCAGAGGCGCGGUCAGCGACCCGCGCGCCCUCCACACCCGACUCGCUCGCGGACCAGCUGCCGCUCGCCGCCGUCGAGCUCAACCAGUGCUACUACUCGGCCGAGAGCAGCGCGCACGACGACGCGCACACGCUCACUCCCAUGCCGCACGACGGCGACGACGCGACCUCCUUGCUCGACCUAGACAAAGAAGAUAAAUCUGACGUGUUCGAUGACAGUGACAAGAGUGACAAUGUUAUGGGGUUGUCUGGGAGCCGCGGGGAGAGAUUGGAGCGGCUCACGCACGAGUGCGGGCACGAGUUCCGCGAGUACCGGCUGAAGGCGGCGCCGGCGCAGUCCUCGUUCACCGUGUCGCGGCACCGCCGGGUGGAGCUGCCGCCGGUGCCUGCCGUGCCCGCCGAGUCUGAGCCCAAACCCGCGCCCGCGCCGCCGCACGAUAAUGUUUCAGAAGAACGACGAACAUUGAGCGUGAGCGACGCGCUACCGGAGUCCAACGUGCUUCGGAAAGUCGCGUCGCUCACUCUAGACAAGCAUUCUGAGCCAAAAGUGCAGCGCCCCAACUUCGUACCGGAGAAGCUCAACUUCCAGCUGUAUGAGAAGUUUGAAGGGCUUAUGCUCCUCAACUGGUUCAUAUCGUCGAUCGCGGAGAACAGUUACUUGAAAAACCUCCUGUGCGCACAAGACCUGAAAAGCCUUGGAAUUCAAUACUGUACGCACCUGCUAGCCGCGGGGGUGCUCCGCCAGAUCCCAGAUAAGGAUGCGCCCACGGAGAAUAUUUUUAAGCCUAAUUUAAUGUACUACUGGGCCCACAUGGAAACCCCCAUCUCUCAGCCCAUCACCCCUGGACGGUUGCUUGUCUCCUGGCCAGACAAGGAUGUCUACAGCAUCGCCCAGGAGCACAUCACAAACAUGCGCAACGAAAACCACAGAUACACCAACCAAAACAACAAUGAUGAAAUAGCCGAUAUAGCAGAAGCAAAAGCAGUCAUAGCGCAGCUCAGAAAUAGACUAAUAGAUUUAGAAUUACAAAUUGAGAAAUUAAAAUUAACCGCUCAAAUUGAAACAAUCAACAAAAAUUUGGAAAACUGUUUUGAUUAUCCCGAGAAACUAAGCAAAUCAGUAGACAAAGAGAUACAAACUUCCAUAGAAACACUUCCCGAACCUGUGAUAUCUUCGCCCACUAAUCAGUGUGUAAGAACAAGAGAUUUAGAUGUAAGCACAGUAGCUUGUAAUACUGAACCUAUUAACAUUCAAAGUGAAGGAUCUGAUAGCAUAGAAAAUUAUUGUAAGCUAAAUAAAAUACGAGAUUAUGAAGCACAUAAAGAACCUGACAAUGAAAGACUGGAUAAAAAUGAAGAAAAAGAUGUUAAAGAAACAUCAGAAAAAGCUUUAACAGACUCCUUAGGAAGCUCAGAAGCUUCGUUCUUUAGUAUUACCAACACCGAUUUAAUUACUAGUAGUACUCAUGAAUGUUCCUCCGAUAUACUUAGGAAAGACAGUGAAUCAAAGGCAGCAGUAAACAUUCCAAUUACAGAAGUAUUAUAUAGAAAUAAUGAUGUUCAAGUUAAUACAAUGGCAACUGAAACUAGUAAGUUACUAAUAGAGAGCACAUGCAUUUCAUCAAAAUUACAAAGUGAUGCUAAACAAAAGCAAACAUCAGAACCGAGCAGCCUGAAGACUGUGCCACCCGCGCCUCCUCUACCGGAGUCUUUGGAGCCUACGACAGACCCACCUCCCCCCACAUCUCCCGACAAAUCACAAGCCUCGAAACCGACUUCUCCCAUCUCAUCAAAUGUAUCUACUUCAACAGAUCUCUCCACCGUUAAAAAACCAAUAGCAACUAUUACAAGCUCUCCUCCAAAAACUCCUUCACCUGUUCCACCGCCUCCACCGAUGCCCGAUCUAGUUCCUAUGCCUCCACCGAUGCCAGAAACAUGUCCCGUACCCCCUCCGAUGCCCGAUAUGGGGCCACCUCCUCCACCGAUGCCCAAUAUGGGGCCUCCUCCCCCACCGAUGCCUUGUACGGGGCCACCUGCCCCGCCGAUGCCGCCACCACCGCCACCUAUGCCCGCUAUGGGGCCCCCACCUCCUCCCAUGCCUGGUAUGGGGCCCCCACCUCCUCCUAUGCCGGGUAUGGGGCCACCGCCGCCCCCAAUGCCGGGAAUGGGGCCCCCACCACCACCUAUGCCCGGUAUGGGUCCUCCACCACCCCCCAUGCCGGGCAUGGGUCCCCCUCCGCCGCCGGCGCCCGCGCCGCCGCCGCCGAGCAUGGGCCCUGCGCCCUUCCCGGCUCCACCUGUAGGCGGCUGGACUAUGCAGAGAGCGACCUUAAGAAAGAUUCCGGUAAAGCCCGCGGCGCCAAUGAAACCUCUAUACUGGACGCGCAUCCUCGCCCCUCCCGCGCCGCAGGCCUCCGGCGAGGCCCCGCAGGCCUCCCUCAAGCCGCUCUGGCUCGAAAUAGAAGAGACCAACCUAGACAACAUCGACGAAUUCGCAGACCUCUUCUCGAGACAAGUCGUCAAAGCACCGGUCAAAAAAAAGGUUGAAGUGAAGACGAAAAUCCAGCCGGUUAAAAUACUGGAGAGCAAGCGAUCACAGAAUGUGGGCAUUUUGGCGCAGAGCUUACAUGUUGAGUUUUCGGAGAUAGAGAAUGCGAUUUAUAAUUUUGAUACUUCGGUUGUGAGUUUGGAGGCGUUGCAGCAGAUAUAUGAAAUGAGAGCGACCGACGAAGAGCUGUCCCAGAUUAAACACCACUUAAAAACCAAGCCAGACGUGCCACUAGACAAGCCAGAAGCGUUCCUGCACGACCUCUCCGGUAUUCCCAACUUCGCGGAGCGGAUAUCCUGCUUCAUGUUCCAAGCGGAGUUCGAGGAUGCAGUCAGUACCACCAUGCACAAGUUGGAUAACUUGAAGCAUACUUGUGAGUUUUUAAUGACAAGUGAGGCGCUAAAGCGGGUGUUCGCGAAUCUAACACUAGGCAACUACAUGAACGGCGGCAACGGACAGCGCGGCCAGGCUGACGGAUUCGGGCUUGAAAUACUCUCCAAACUCAAGGACGUUAAGUCAAAGCGCUCAACGGUGACGCUGCUCCACUUCAUCGUCCGCACGUACAUGCGGGCGGCCGGCGUGGGCACUCCGCUGCCGGUGCCCGAGCCGGGCGACGUGGCCAGAGCGGCCGCCAUUGACUUCGCGGACGUCGCCAAGUCGCUCGCCGACCUCACUCAACAACUAACAGCGUGCAAAGAGAAAACCAAGAAAGUUCUAGAAAAAACCGACGCACAACGGAGCCCCGAAGAGACCGAACCAAAGCGCAUAGAUGUUUUCGAAGAGAAAAUGGGCACUUUUCUCACCGCCGCUGAAGAAAAGUUGAAAGCAGAACACGAAAAUCUAGAAGAGUGUCGAAGCAAGUUCUCGACCGUGAAGUUCUAUCAAUAUACUCCUAAAGUUGGCAAGUUGGAGGAUUGCGAGCCGAAGGAAUUUUUUUCGCUGUGGACGAGUUUUUGCAGCGAUUUUAAGGAUAUUUAUAAGAAGGAGGAGCAGAUUGCUAUUAAGGAGAAACUAAAAGAAGCCAAGAAGCAUCAAGAAGAACGAAAAUCUCAAAGUAUAGUGCAACCGAAAAAAGAAGGCGGCUUGAAGGCACGGCUACAGAAGCUCUCUAGCACCUCUAAGAAGUAAACAUAUAUACUCUGGCACCGCUACAGUGUCAGUAGAAACCGAAGACAGAUAAAAAAAUCGUAAAGGGUGACCUCAAAAAUCGUAAAGGGUCCAAAAAAAAAAAGAACGUAUUCCCGUCUUAAAGGCCAGCAACGGCAGCGCACCUCAAACCCUUCUUGUUUCGGGUGUCCUUGGGUUGCGGUGAUCGCCUUCUUUCUACUGGCAAAGUGGUCGUACCUAAGUAUAAGUUAUGGCAUUUAUUAUUAUGUACGUUACGCUACGCGUCACUUUCGUUUGUUAUAUUUAAGAAAGAGACGUAGGUGGCAAAAGUUUGCCAUUCUUGCCUGUAUUUAUUAUAUACGAUUAUAAAUUUGCGCGUAAGGGCUGUGAAAAACAUUAUAUAUUUACUAGCGACCUGAUAAAAACCGCAUCAAAAUCCGUUACAUAGAUUUAAAGAUCUAAACAUUAUCAUCAUCUAAGCAUACAGAAGGACAGACAGCGGGAAACGUCUUUGUUUUAUACUAUGUAGUGAUUAGUCACCCAAGUCUGUCUAAAAUCAAAUUUCAUAAAUUUUUCAAAAAUCGAUCACACGUUGGAUAAUGGCGAUCAAAUAUAUGAAAGAGGCGCGUUCCUA